AAUAAGUAUCUUCAAUUAGAUGUUUAAAAAUUUAAGAAAAGAAAUUAAAUUAAAGAUAACUACUCUUUAAUUUAAUUUCUUAGCCUUUGAGCAGUUAUCUAGUUCUCGCUACGUUGAUGGCCAUAUUUAGUAGGUAGAGAACUAGAUAACUGCUCAAGGGCUAAGAUUCGUCCAGUGACAGUCUAAAGCCUUUGUACUAGUUGUCGUAUUACUUUCCAUCUGCGAGCUUCAACAGCCAAAAGAGAAGGCCGCCAAGCCAGCUUUUGGUGAAAUUCUAAGAAAUGACUUUCACAAGACGAGUCUCAUCAAGCUUCCCCCAAUUUGUUGGAUUUGCAAAGAGGUCCUUCAAAUCCUAUAAAUUACCCGGAGAUCCCUCUUCCUCUCCUUCUCUAGCCCAUGGCAUCCACGUCUUCCAUUGCCCGGAUGAAGUUGGAAUAGUUGCAAAGCUAUCAGAAUGUAUAGCUUCAAGAGGAGGAAAUAUACUUGGGGCUGAUGUUUUUGUCCCUGAGAAUAAGAAUGUCUUCUAUUCCAGAAGUGAGUUUGUUUUCGACCCUGUUAAAUGGCCUCGGGAGCAAAUGGAUGAAGAUUUCCUAAAGCUCUCAAAAAUGUUCAGUGCUACAAGGUCUGUUGUCAGGGUCCCUGAUCUAGACCCCAAGUUUAAAAUCGGUGUCCUUGCUUCAAAACAGGACCAUUGCCUCAUAGAGUUGCUUUAUGGAUGGCAGGAGGGAAGACUUCCAGUUGAUAUUACUUGUGUUAUAAGUAAUCACAAUAGAUGUCCAAACACACAUGUGAUGCGCUUUCUUGAAAGGAAUAAUGUUCCAUAUCAUUAUUUGCACACAACCAAAGAGAAUAAAAGAGAAGGGGAGAUCUUAGAGUUGGUUCUGAAUACUGAUUUUUUGGUACUUGCCAGGUACAUGCAGAUAUUAUCAGGUCAUUUUUUGCGGACAUAUGGGAAGGAUGUAAUUAACAUUCACCAUGGCCUUUUGCCAUCAUUUAAGGGUGGGAAUCCGUCUAAACAGGCUUUUGAUGCGGGUGUGAAAUUAAUUGGGGCAACAAGUCAUUUCGUGACUGAAGAACUUGAUUCAGGGCCUAUUAUUGAACAGAUGGUUGAAAGAGUUUCUCACAAAGACAAUUUGCAGAGUUUUGUGCAAAAGUCAGAGAAUCUUGAGAGGCAAUGCCUCGCAAAGGCUAUGAGAUCAUACUGUGAACUGCGACUGUUACCGUACGAGGAAAACAGGACUGUUGUAUUUUGAGAGGGAAAAUUAGAAGAUAAAGCAGUGUAAAAGAGGACGUUGGGGUGUCAUGCACGUUGAACUUGUCAUAUAGAUUGCCUAGCAAAAGUAAUUUCACUCCAUACAUCUCUAAUUGCUUUGCCUUACUCCUUUGCCUUUGUCCACAGAAGAAAACGGAAAUUGGUAGCAUGCAGUUUUUCAAAUGGUUCAAAAUGCUUCUGAUACCAUACCCCAGGGCCCCCCUCUUCUUUGUUUCCCUAAUCUCCUUAUAUGCUUAAGAGAAGUUUAUUUGAAAAUAAAACAAGCAAAUUUUUUAUUUGGAGGUUUGCCUGAUAUUUUUGCACUCUCAAAUAUCAAGCUAAACGAGUGGUUGGUUGAGCAGGGACCACUUUACUGUACUUGCAGUUUUUUUUUUUUUGGAUAAAAAAAUGAAAACUACCAAGGUGCAUCAUUGCUGUCAGGCAGCAAUGAUUGUGAAGAGAAUGGGAGUGGGAUGUUAUAUUUUUGUUGUAUUUCCGGGGU